UGCAGGAGCUGAUCGGCGACAAGUCUCUGGAGCACUUCCGCAUGGAGUACGAAAAGCUGCACCGUGCGCUGAAGAAGUCGCACGAGAGCGAGAAGCGCCUCAUAAAGAAGUGCCGGGAGCUGAACGCCGAGAUCGUGUCCAACGCCAACAAGGUGCAGAUGGCCCUCAAUCUGUCCAAGGAGGACCAGUCCACGAUCCAGAACCUCAAGAGGGAGAUUGAGCGCGCCUGGAAGAUGGUCGAGGCUUCGCACGAGAAGGAGCAGAGGGCGAAGGAAACGAUCCAUAACCUGAAGCUGGAGAUCAACAACCUCAGCCACCUCGUCGAGCAGGGCGCGGGCCUCUCCGUGAACCAGGAGAACACCGUCAACAACCUCAUCACGCAGCGGGACGAGCUCCUGCGGACGCGCGACUCGCUGGAAGCCAAGGUCGCGAAGAUGACCCAGGAGAACAUCCAGAUGACGGAGAUCAUGCAGAGGCACGAGUCCGAGAAUCUGCAAGGCGAGGUGGAGAUGGCCAACACGCGGGACGUGUUCAACGCCAAGCGCACAGAGGCGGAGCGCGAGCUGCGACGGCGCGAGCGCCUCGAGAAGGAGCUGGACGACCUGAAGAAGUCGCAGGAGGCGCGGGAGGCGAUCCUGAAGAAGUGCAAGGCGGACAGCAAGGUCCAGGAGGAGACAAAGGAGCAGCAGGAGAAGCUGCUAGACGACUACCGGUUCAAGGCCGUCCAGCUGAAGCAGGACAACGAGAAGGCCGAGAUGGCGCUAUCUGGUAUGAAGCUCUCGAACAAGGACGAGGAGGCGAAAAGACAAGUCUUGUUGGAGGAGAACGAGGAGAUCAAGGCGCAGAUCAAGCAGACCUCCGAGGCGACCAAGCUCGUGACCAUGGAGAAGGACAAGGCACAGAAGGCUCUGGAGCAGCUCAAGAGGAAGAAGGACAUCGAGGACGACGAGCGGCGAGAGGUGGAGGCGCAGCGCAGCGUUCUCAAGGCAGACACCGAGAACCUGAUCCGCGAGAUAGACGUCCUGCGGAAGCAGGACUCCCUGGUAUUCGGCCUGAAGCUUGCCCUGGCUGCGUUCCAGCGCUCCAUGAGCUGGCCGCGGCAGCUGCGAAUCUCGGCGACAAUCGUGACCGUUACCUGCGAGGUUGCAGUGUACUGCCCUGACUGCGUCAGCGCCUAUGAGCUGGUCGCGGCUGCAGCGUACCUCUGCGACAUUCGUGGCCGAUGCCCGCUAGCGGUGUGGAUCGUGGAGCGAGUGCUCUGUAGGCCACGGGCUGACAUCGCCGCCGCCCUGCACCUGGGGCGGCCACCUGCCUCGGCGGCCGCUGGCAUCGGAGCCGCGGUCGCGCUGGCCCGACGCUGGGCGGGCUGCUACUCGCCGAUCAUCAAGCGCAACCGCGUGCCCUUUCGGUCGGGCUUCGAAACGGGCUACCCGAAGGGUGAGCCCCCGCAGCAGACGGUCCUGGGUGCCUUCACGCUGGCGAAGCAGCAGAAGCUGGAGCGGCUGCUCGAGGCCACCCCGCAGAAGACCUUCCGCGGGCGGGUGAUCCCCGCCCUCUCCUGCUGGAAGGUGAAGCAUUCUGGGCGGAACAACGUCGGGCGCAUCACCACGCGCCACCGUGGAGGCGGCACCAGGCAGAGACUCCGCUUCGUCGACUUCAAGAGGGGGCGGAAGGAGCUGGCGCCCUGCCCCUGCGGCGGGGCCGCGGGGGCCCACCCUGCCCUCGCGGGCGCCAGCUCGGCCGCCACGGUGGCGCCUGCGGCCGCAGCGGCAGCGCUGCCCGCAGGUCGCUUGCCGUCCCACCGCUGCUACCAGCACGGCCUGCACACCAUGGAGGCGUUUCGCGCUGGAUAUGCUCGCGUCCGCCAGAAGACAGAGAAGGUAGGUGACAAGGUCAUGCGCCAGGCACUUAACUCCCAGGCAGAGAUCAAGGAUAAGCUUCACGAGGUCAGGGACUUCAUGCACAUGGCGGGCCCAAAGCGCCAGUACAGCAUUGCAGGCCGCGAUCUGCAGGAGGAGUGCCAGCUCAGCGAGGGUGGCUUUGCGUUCGUCUGGAAGGUACGCGAUCUUCGCACCGACGAGGAGUUGGUGGUGAAGAAAAUCGCCUGCCAGGACGCAGAGAAGGAGGCAAUGGUGCGGCGUGAGGUUCAGAUCUUGGAGCGCUUGCCUAAGCAUCCGAACGUCGUCAAGUAUUACGGCCACGUGGUUCGCAGCGGCGACCGCGGCACGGAGGCGAUCCUUCUGUUCGAGUUGUGCCCCGGCGGCCACUUGCUGGAUUUGCUGGAGCGCGCCAAGGGCGUGUUGAGCGAGGAAUGCAUCUUGUCAGUCUUCUCGGACCUGGUCACCGCAGUGGCGUUCUUACACGACCAGACGCCCCCCGUCCAGCACCGAGACCUCAAGGUGGAGAACGUGUUGCUCGGCGCCGACGGGAGAUUCAAGCUGUGCGACUUCGGGUCCUGGAGCGACGAGCGGAGCGACCCGAGCAGCCUGGACCGGAAGGGCAUGUCGGACCUGCAGGAGACGAUCGAGCGGUACACCACGAUGAUGUACCGGCCGCCCGAGAUGGUGGACUUCUACCUGAAGUUCACGAUCUCCGAGAAGGUCGACGUCUGGAUGCUCGGCUGCAUAGCCUUCACCCUCAUGUUCUACAGGCACCCGUUCCAGGACGACGGCUCGCUCGCCAUCGCCAACGCCCGCUACGCGAUGCCGCCCCAGCCGCGGCACUCCCCGAAGCUGCAGGACCUCUGCCACUGGCUGCUGGCGAGGGAUCCCGCCGACCGCCCGAGCGCGAGGCGGCGGCCGGGGCCCCCCUUGUCGGAGGGGCGCGCGUCGGCACGGCGGGCUGUGUGCGCCUGCGGCUUCUGCGGUGAAGUCGGGCAUGUCCCUCUGCAGGAGGAAGACUCAACAAUAAUAACUCAAUAG